AUGCCGGCUCCUCGUCCGGAUGUCGAGCUGAAAGGCCAUUGCUCGGUGGUACACGAUGGCACUCUAUACACAUACUCGCCCGAUGCGUUCCAGGCUCUCGAGCUGAGACCAGGUGGAGAAUGGUCGCAGCUGGACAGAGGCGUUCAAGUGACAGGAGCAGCAUGCGUCAGAGUCAUUCCUGAUGGCGACCUCAGUAAAGCCGCCCUUUACCUAGUAGGAGGGAGCGUCGACCCCUCAAUCACACAUUACCCAGGUCUCGAGAGAUGGUCGUUUACAGAGAAGAGAUGGGAAUGGAUCUGGCCAGUCACAUCCGUCACCACGAACAGACGGAACCACGGCGCCACGUAUCUUCCAGCUUCUCAGGAAAUCCUCAUCUACUCGGGAUCCCAGGAAACCGGUAGUAGUUUCGCACCAUCAUCGGAAACAUUUGUCAUCUCUGUCCACGCGCCCCAUGCCGUCAGAGCAUUGAGCGCGACUGCCCCGCCCGUCGUAGCCCCAAUGCUCAUGCCAUGGAACGAAAGUCACGCUGUCAUGCUUGGCGGCGGAGCGCAGAAUAAGCAAGUCUUCCUCUUCGGUCCGGACCGCGGCUGGUCCGACCUUGGUCCGCAGCUCGCAGAAGGCUUUCGGGAUCAGUCCUCGACUCGGGCCAGCAUCGUAACAGGCGGUGAUGGAAGCAAGAUACUAGAGAUCUUCAACAUGGGCGUCUCUCCGAACCAAGUGACCGGUGUUGUUCUUGCCAAUGGAGACGGCUCAGCUGCCUCACCCAGCCAGACGGGGGGAGAGCGGCCCGCGAAACGACGAAGACGAGAUAUCAAUACUGGCGACUGGCCAGCCUACAACAGCACAUCCGCACCAACGACUACGAGAUCAGGGUUCUCGAUAGCGCAAGACGAGAAUGGCGUGGCUUUCAUCACCGGGGGCAAUGCUGAUGAUCCGCUAUCCAUAUUCGACCAGCGAGAGAAUACAUGGUUGGACGCGGCUAGUUUCUUCGAAGGCGACCAGGUAGUUGUGAUCUCAAGCUUUACUUCCGUGCCAGCAUCGCGGCCAAUACCAUCCAGCACGUCGACUCCGACAUCAUCAAGCACAGCAGCCGCCACUACACCAGUUGCUCCCGGUCCCAACAAGUCACGAAUGCUCACGGUACUCGGUGCCACGCUUGGCGCCAUCUUCGGUAUCGCAGCUAUUUCGAUCAUCCUGCUUCUCCUCUUACGGUGGAAACGACAACGGCGAAAGCGGGCAGGCGGAGGUGGCUACGUCGAGAAGGACCGCAAUCGUCUGAGUUUCCAGGACCAAGGCGCAGAGUUCAUGAGUGAGGCCGGAGGCUCAAUCGGACACAGUUAUACGACCUCGAAGAACAUCUCCCAGAGCUCUAUCGCCAUCAUGAGCGGCAAGAUCCCCUCUGGCCAUAAACGGGGCCUCGGUCCCCACGGCAGCGACGCCAGCACGGCGGGCCUCAUGCACAAGAAGAGCCCCCUUGCGUACAACGAUCCGGUGGAACUGACUAGGAUUGGCGAGGAACAGGAGGUCCAGAUCACAGAAAAGCCAGUCGCACGUAUUGAACCUCCCCCUCCGGCCGCUGUCCGUGACCCGACGCCCCUAACGGCCGAAUCUCCACCACGCCGCACCCGCAGCUCGGGCUGGAGCCGCUACUUCACCAACAACCAGGCCACCAACCUCGCGCGCAUGCCUUCGGGCCGGUCCACCUACGCUUCUGACCUCUCACGCUCAUCCGCCGGAAGCCAUUCCGAGUACACAAACUCGGCAUGCCUAAGCCAGCCCUCCCAAAUUGUGGCCCCCCUAGACCUCCACAGCGCCAAAUACGACGGCCAGCGUCUCGGCCAAGUCCCAACCGGCAGCCUAACGCCCGGCCGCUCUCAAGAACACGUCCCUGGCUCCGCGGCCGCAUUCAGCAAUAGCCUAUCCGCCCACCCCUCACGGCCCCACAGCGACGUGAGUUCCGUCUCCAGCUUCGGCGACCACAACCACGGCAGCAGCACGUCUGGUGCAACGGGCUUGCACACCGGCGCCACGACCUGGGAUCCGGUCUCGGACCCCGUGUGGAACGCGCGACCGGUCAGCAGCGUCUAUACCGAGAGCUUGCAUGGGAGCCCGCACCUGGGCAAGGACGCACCGAGCAGUUUCUACAGCGCGCAGUUUGGGCCGAAGAGCGCGACGGCGAGCCGGUUGAUCGCGGGUGGGGUGCAGCAAGGGGAUCGGGGCAGCACGAUGACGGUGUUUCCGGGUGGUGUGCCAGAGCCUGGGAUGCCGGUUCGGCAGGCGGCGAAGGGGAACGUGCCGCCCCCCAGACCUGAGAGGACGGACCUGGGGCAUCAGGAUAUGAGCUGGUUGAAGUUUUAG